AUGCAGCUCGCGAUGGAGCCUUCUUCGUCCUUGACGGAUUUGUCUGCCGUAUCAUCACCAGACUCAUUUAGAACGGCCUUUCAAUCACCGGAUGCCACCUUCGAAAAACCGACUCCCAUAGGCCCUGCAUCUCCCAAACGCAUGUACUCAUCGGCGACUCUGCUCCCUCGUGAGCUGAAGGAGCAUUGUCAAAUCUACUUAGAGGAGCACCUCUACAAUGGCGCACUCGGACUGUACAAUAGCCUCCUCACUGCCGGAUACUCACGAAAGAUCAACACCAACCCGAAGCGCGUCCCUGUCCCUCCGUCAACCCACCUUGCCCUCCUCAACACCCUGACCAUCCACCCGAGCCACACGAGUCGAGCCCCCGGCGCCGACCGUCUCGAGGUCUGCUCUCAGACGCUAGACUACCUGCGCAAUCUGCUCGCCAUUGUUGGACCCAUCAACGCCGGCUUCAGGAAUGCGUUCCAGUUCCAUGGGAUCCAGUACGGCCGCCGGAACCGAUACCACGAUGAGGAGGACGAGGACCUCGAUGGUGAUCAGAUCGGCAACAACAAGUUGGCCAACGAAGAUAGCAUAUGGCAGCGCGCGCAAGACUUCUGGGCUGUUCUCGGCUGGGCGUUCAAUUGCAGCAGACUGCACCCCCACCGCUGGCGCUUCUGGAAGACCUGGCUGCAAUUCAUGAUCGACGUUCUGGAGACCGAUAUCUAUGAGCGGAAGCGCUUAGACGAGGAAUCUUUGGCCUCAUCUCAGCAACCUCAGAACUGGACACAUAUGCGGGAGUCAAUCCUUGUCAUGUACAUCAAGCAGAAGACUGACUCCGGGCGAGGUGCUCUGAGAAUGAUCCUUCAAGCCGUCUUCGCUGACGGCUGCACCUCAUCGUUGGCGAAGUUUCCUGAGGUGUUCAACAAGGAGACAAAGGGGCUACCAAGCGAGGAUAAGAAACGCAAACGCAUGGCCACGCUUGAUAUUGAGAACGACCAGUUUGGCGAUUAUUUCAACGAAGAGCUUACAGACGACGAACCGUCAGAGGCAGGCACGCCCGGAACGCCUCGCACACCUGCCAGAAAGGCUGGACAGUUUGUCGCUGCCCCACUGGCAGAUUCGAUACCUCUUCGUCUGAGACUAAUGGAGCUCCUUUCCGAGGUUGCCUACAAUAUGCCCGAGGAGUUCAUGGAUCAUAACGAAUACACGUUGGACUUGUGCAGGUUACUCAAGCAGCAACCCCUGUCGUUCUUUCACCAAUUUGUCACCGACAUGAGUUCGUACAUCCAGCGAUACGAGGCUGCCUUCAAGAUCGACUUCCUGGCCGUCCAGCUCGAUCAACUGCUGCCCUCCGGAUAUGAAGACCCAAAGAAGGUCAUCAAGGGGGAGGACAGUGGCAUCAUCAUCAACGCAGACGUCCUCGAGUUGUGCUACCUUGGUCACCAUGCUAAUACCAUCGACCCAGAAGACAACGCCAGGGUGGCGCUGAUUCUUGAGAGCCUGCUCCACACACUGCCAGCAGCGGAAAUUCAGGAAGCCGGAGACAGGCUCCGAAAAGCCGCGCUUAAGGGAAUCGAGGCAAGGAAGGCCAAGGCCAAGGGUACGAACCGGAGGAGCGCGACGACCCCGAGUCGUCGGGGCCGAGGGAAAAAGGGCCCCAGUCCGCGGGAUAUCUACGCCAAGGAGACGAUGGAUCUAGCAGGAGAGCGCAUGCUUCUCUACAUUGACAUCAUGGGCGCUCAUGAACCUGAAGGUGACGGAGACGAGGAUGAGAAUAUGGAUGAUUGA